AUGGCUGCCUCGACGUGCGCCGACCGUCCAUCGGCUGCGGAGAUGAACACCCCCAUGAGCGCCCAACGAGCCGUCACAUCGCUGCUUGGGCCUGAGCGGCGCGAUGACACUCCCGCCCUCGUGGUCGACGACGACGGCGACGGAGAAAUGAUCAGCAGCGCUGGAAGCACGCCAGCGGCGGCACCAGAACCUGCGGCGGCACCUGCAGCGUCACCUGCAGCGGCACCUGCAGCGGCACCUGCAGCAGUACCUGCAGCAACAGGAGCACCAACAACACCUGCAACGGCACCAGCGAGUAAUAACGCUGCUGCCGCUGCUACUGCUGCCAUCACCUCCAUCAUGACCGCUAAUUCCCCCCCCAGUCGAGACCUGGGCCGUGCCGACAUUCCAAUCGAAAUCUCGCACCCAGCCGCCCCGACCAGCGCCAUAACCCCCCCACCCCAUUCCCCGUUGGCAUUGCCAUCUGCUGCCGUUGCUUUCACCACCAUCACUGCCGUGUCCGACCUCAAUUUUCCCGACCCCGUCGUCGUCACCACCUCUCCCGUCACCGACGACUUCGACUUCGACUUCGCCUUCGACUCGCACGCGACCGCCGCCUCUCCCACCAGCGACGACGGUGCCGUGGCCGUCAGCCGCACCCCCUCCCUCGACGCUGCCGCCUUCUCUCCCGUCGCCUCUGCCGACAACUACACGACGAGCCCGACCGGCCCUUUGGCGAGCACGCCCCCGACCGACCGCAGGAGCAUCGACCUGCCCGUCAGCACCGGCCCGACGACGAGCACGAGUGCUCUCGGCACCGGCGCUCUCGACACCGGCAGCUUCGUCAGCAUCGCCGCCCGCAACCGCAGCAGCAUAGCCGGCUACGCACCCGCCGCGCCCCUGUCGUCCCGGUUCGAGUCCCCGUCUCAAACCAAACGCCAAUCCCUGCCCUCGACCUCCUUCUUGCCGUUCGCCUCGCCCGAGCCCUCGACCGUCCGUAAAACCUCCCCCGGACUGGCCGCCCGCCUCAGGGCCUUGGGUUUUGGCUCGCCGAACACCCCCUCCUCGCUCUCGAGGCCCCCCGUCGACGCCGUCGGCGGCCGAGGCGAUCAGCUGCGCCAGCUCGACGAGAGGCGUCUGGUUGCCUCGCUCAGCGCCGUCAUCUCCAGGCGAGGGUGGUCCAGGAAGGACGCUGCCGCCGACGUCGACGCCCCCGCAUCGACCAUGGCCUCGUCGGCGCCCGCUUCCUCCGCUCGCAUGCCGCCCGACGACGACAACUUGUCGGGGCCCAUGGCCAUGGACACGUACAAGUAUCGCCUGCCCGAUCACACCAACGGCAACGGUACCAAGGUGACGCUCGACACCCGACGCGAGCACCUCGAACGCGGCGCCCGUCGCUCGUCCCCCAGUGAGGUACCCCCUCCGCCUCCUCCCAAGGACCCGCCGCCUCUUUCCUUCAAGUCCCCGACCUUGAGGUCCCCGGGAAUCACGUCCCCCAACGACUUCGUGCCGGGCCUCAGCUCCUACUUCACUCCGGGCCACAACCGGCCCGGGUCCAUCUACACGCUGUCCCGCGUUUCCUUCGCCAACCAGCUCGCCCAGCUGACGGCGCUGCAACUGCCCGACGCCGAAUCCCUCUCGAGCAAGGUCUCGGCCAUACCGACGGCGACGGCGGCGGCGAGCGCCCUGAUGAACGCUGCCGAGCAGAUUCGCAGCUGGAUUUCCAAGGCCCAAGAGGUCGUCGGUGGCCUCGACAGCGAGGACGACGUCGAGUGGGCCGCCGCCGGUGGCAGGGAGGGCCUCGACGAGGUGGAAAAUGCCAUCGUCCGCUUCGGGGACCUCAUCGACGUCUACGUCGGUGCCAUCGAGGAGCUUCAAGGCCGCGACGACAUCGUCACCGUCGCCCCCGCCGAUCUGAAGCAUGCCGUGAGCCAGAUGGAUUGCAUCCUCGAAGAGUGGUCCAAGAUCCGCGCCAGCCUCGAGACCGUCCGAGGCCAGGUCGAGAUUGCCCUCGAGUGGGAGGAGCUCUGGGCCACCGUCUUGGGCGACAUCCAGGACGAGGUCGACGACCUCGGCCGGCUCGUCUUCGAGAUGGAGGAGCGCCGCCACAGGAACGUCGCCACCGGGCCGCCCGCCGCCGCCGACGCCGCCGACGCGAACGACCUCGACACCAUCGUCGAGGACACGCCGCCCCAUGGCGUCCGCGCCCACGGCCCGGCCCGCUUCACCCUGCCGCUGACACCCAUGAGCCCAACCUCUCCCGCCGCCGCCGCCGCCGGCCUGUCGCACGAAGACUCGAGCGUCCUCGCCCUGUUUGCCAGGAUGCAGCCUUUGCGAGCCUCCCUCGACUUCCUCCCCAUGCGCCUCUCCGUCUUCGAGGCCAGAGCCGAGAGGUUCUUCCCCACCGCUUGCGAGGAGCUCGACGUGCGACGGGAGAGCCUGGACGCGAGCUACAGGAAGCUCGAGGAGGACGCCGAGUCGCUGCGCAAGGAGCUGGGCGAGGAUCGAUGGGUCAUCGUCUUCCGCGGUGCCGGCCGCCAGGCCCAGAAGAUGCACCAGUCCGUCCAUCGUUCCCUGCUCAAGCUCGGAGAAUCCAUCGACGCCGGCCUGCACUUGACCAACCUUCCGUCCAUGAUGAAGAAGGUGGAGAGCUACGAGGCCAAGAAGACGCACUACGGCCCGGCCAUCGAGCGAGUCCUCUCCAUCAUCGACAAGGGCGUCCAGGACAGGAUCACCGUCAACGGCGAAAUCCUUCGACUCCACAGCGAGCUGCAGUCCCGCUGGGCCUUCCUGAAGAGCCAGAUGCGGGACAUGGAUGCCAUGCUGGAGGAGAUUCAGGUCGAUGGGAGGAGCCAGCACCUGCGCGACUCCGUGUCCAGCAUGCUCUCCAACGACCGAUCGACCGUCGGCAGCGGCCAUGGCACGCCUGGAAGCUCGCCGCCGUCGUCGGUGGCCAUGUCGACCCUGGGCUUGGAUCGAUCGCCUAGGGCGCGCAAGAAUACCGCGGUCCCGGCGGAGAACGGGCUCGCGCCUGUCGACGAUUGCGAGCUCGAGCGCGACGCCCAUUUCCCUCUCCUCGAGCGCGACGCCGCGUCCCGGAUCGACCUUCGGCCACCGUCCGGCGUGGAACAGAUCGACAAACGUCGCCGACAAGGGCAGUUUCAUCCCGCUGACGAACGCGACGACGCCGAGCCCGUACUCCAAGGCGACACCCCAACGACCUGCCUCGACCAUGGCCAUGUCGACACCCUCGUCGACCGGAUCCAGACUACCCACGCUCCGGACACCCGUCGCACGCGCUUGGUCCGAGCCGCCCAAGCCACGGCUGGCGAGCAAGAUGUCCAUGUCGGCCCUGUCGGCGAGACGCCGUACUUGCAUCCAACCCACCGAGCCGAGCGCGGCGGAAAGCCAGCCGAUUCGCCCGGCAACCUCGCACGCUUUUACGUCCCGCCGAACCAGCCUGCUUCCCCUGAUGAGAGGAAGGAAGGAGGCGAGCGCUGCAGACUCGACGCCCGCUGGCCGUUCCGCGACCCAUAA